GCCUAACUUCACGUGUUUCAUUUGAAAAAGUGAGAUUAAAAUGUUAGAAUUGUAACUAAUUAAUCUUUUAACGACUAUCUUUAGAAUAAAAUCCCACAAUGCACGUUUAUUCAUCACGAAGAAACAUUUUUCAAUCUACCGACUGACAGUUUUGACGUUUAACAAGCCGUGAUAAGUGCCUAACGUCAAGCGUAUUAUUCGAAAAAGUGUGGUUAGAAGUCACCAUUAUAAAUAAACAAAUUUCACACGCUUACAUUGUAUAACAAUGUCGAAAACCAUAACAUUCGUGACCGGCAACGCCAAAAAACUGGAAGAAGUCGUCCAGAUCCUAGGCGGCGACUUUCCCAGGCAACUAGUGAGCAAAAAACUGGAUUUGCCGGAGCUCCAAGGCGACAUCGACGACAUUUCCACGCUCAAAGCCAAAGAGGCCUACAGGCAAAUCGGGGGCCCCGUCAUAGUCGAAGACACCGCCCUCUGUUUCCAGUCCCUGAAGGGUCUACCGGGCCCCUACGUCAAGUGGUUCCUGGAGAAACUGGGCCCCGAGGGUCUACAUCGGAUGCUGCACGGAUACGAAGACAAAUCCGCCCGGGCCGUUUGCACGUUCGCCUAUCACGCGGGGCAAGACGGCGACGAGGUCGUCCUGUUUCAAGGUGUAACUGAGGGUUGUAUAGUGAGCCCCAGAGGUCCUAGGGACUUCGGUUGGGACCCCUGUUUCCAACCCAAGGGCUACGAUGUUACCUACGCCGAAAUGGAUAAAUCGGAGAAAAAUAAAAUAUCCCACAGGUACAAGGCCUUGGACGAAAUGCGACGGUAUUUCGCGCGGUAAAAUGAAACCAGGAUGUCUCAUAAAUAAACUUGUAUUUUCCAGUUUACGAUACAAAAAAUUUUUUUCAUACAUAAAUAUACAAUAAAUAGAUAGUAAUCGAAUAUAGUGAGUUUGUGUUUUUUACGAAGGCACGACUGUUUUGUUUAUUAUUUUUAAAGCUCUUACGAGAAAAAUCCACGUGGAAAAAUGUAUACAGGUUGUCCCGGAUUCGCUGCUCUGUACAAGGAUCUCUGCUAUUAUUUUAAUGUAUAGAU